AUGACACUAGCUGGAACACUUUCACCAUCAAUAGGAAAUCUUACAUACCUUACAAAACUCAACCUUAGAAAUAAUAGUUUCCAUGGAGAGUUUCCUCAACAAGUUGGAAAUCUACUAUAUCUUCAACAUCUAAAUAUUAGUUAUAACUCUUUUAGUGGUAGCAUACCAAGUAAUCUAAGUCAGUGUAUAGAGCUAAGUAUAUUAUCUUCUGGUCAUAACAAUUUCACAGGAACAAUUCCAACAUGGAUAGGAAAUUUUUCUUCUUUAUCUCUACUUAAUCUUGCUGUGAACAAUUUGCAUGGAACCAUACCAAAUGAGGUAGGAAAGUUAUCAAGGCUAACACUUUUUGCACUAAAUGGAAAUCACUUGUAUGGAACCAUUCCUCUUUCAGUUUUUAAUAUUUCUUCCUUAUCCUUUUUAACCUUUUCUCAAAAUAAUCUGCAUGGUAAUUUACCUUAUGAUGUUGGUUUUACUCUUCCUAAUCUUGAAACAUUUGCCGGUGGAGUCAAUGAUUUUACUGGAACAAUACCUGAAUCAUUAUCAAAUGCUUCAAGAUUGGAAAUUUUAGAUUUUGCUGAAAAUAAUCUCAUUGGAACACUUCCUAAGAACAUAGGAAGAUUGACCCUUUUGAAAAGACUGAAUUUUGAUACCAAUAGACUUGGAAAUGGGGAAGAUGGUGAACUAAAUUUUCUUACUUCCUUGAUUAAUUGUACUGCUCUUGAAGUUUUAGGUCUUGCCGAAAAUCAAUUCGGAGGAAAAUUGCCUAGCUCAAUUGGUAAUCUUUCAAUCAAUUUGAAUGCACUUGAUUUAGGUGAAAAUGCUAUAUAUGGAAGUAUCCCUAUUGGAAUAAGUAACCUUGUUAACUUGACCAGUUUGGGAAUGGAAAAGAACAACCUUAGUGGUUUUGUUCCUGAUACAAUAGGUAUGCUUCAAAAGCUGGUUGAUUUAGAAUUGUAUAGCAACAAAUUUUCUGGUGUGAUUCCUUCCUCCAUUGGAAACUUGACUAGAUUAACAAAGCUACUCAUAGCUGAUAACAAUUUUGAGGGAAGUAUACCAACAAGUCUUGAAAAUUGUCAAAGGUUGUUGAUGCUAAAUUUGAGUCAUAACAUGCUCAAUGGUUCGAUACCAAGACAAGUAUUUGCAUUGUCUUCUCUUUCAAUAUACUUAGACUUAUCUCAUAAUUCUCUCACAGGGUCCUUGCCCUUUGAAAUUGGUAAGCUAGUUAAUCUUGCAAAUUUGGAUCUAUCAAAGAACAAAUUGUCGGGAAUGAUUCCGUCCUCAAUUGGAAGCUGUGUUAGUUUGGAAUGGCUGCAUAUGCAGGGUAACUUUUUUGAAGGAAACAUUCCUUCAACUAUACAGAAUUUGAGAGGUAUACAACAUAUUGAUCUUUCAUGUAAUAACUUAUCUGGCAAGAUUCCUGAAUUUCUUGGUGAGAUUAAAGGACUAAUGCAUCUAAAUCUUUCUUACAAUAAUUUGGAUGGAGAAUUACCGAUGAACGGAAUCUUCAAAAAUGCAACUUCCUUUUCAAUCAAUGGAAACAUCAAGCUUUGUGGUGGUGUUCCAGAAUUAAAUUUACCUGCAUGCACUAUCAAAAAAGAAAAAUUCCAUAGCUUAAAGGUGAUUAUCCCUAUAGCUAGUGCACUUAUUUUUCUACUCUUUCUCUCUGGUUUUCUAAUAAUCAUCGUGAUAAAAAGAUCAAGAAAGAAAACUUCAAGAGAAACUACUACUAUAGAGGAUUUGGAGCUGAACAUUUCUUACUCGGAAAUUGUGAAGUGUACCGGUGGAUUCUCCAACGAUAACCUAAUUGGCUCAGGAAGUUUUGGUUCUGUGUACAAAGGAACUCUUUCAAGUGAUGGAACAACUAUUGCAAUUAAAGUGUUGAAUCUUGAACAACGAGGAGCUUCAAAAAGCUUCAUUGAUGAAUGCAAUGCUCUGAAAGUUAUAAGGCACCGCAACCUUCUGAAGAUCAUAACUGCUAUCUCAAGUAUCGAUCAUCAAGGUAAGGACUUCAAAGCACUUGUGUAUGAGUUCAUGUCCAAUGGAAGUCUAGAAGAUUGGUUGCAUCCUAUAAAUCAGAAGAAAACACUAACAUUUGUACAAAGACUUAACAUAGCAAUUGAUGUUGCUUGUGCACUUGAAUAUCUUCACCACUUUUGUGAAACUCCAAUUGUUCAUUGUGACAUAAAGCCAAGCAAUGUACUACUUGACAAUGAUAUGGUAGCACGUGUUGGUGACUUUGGUUUAGCUACAUUUCUGUUUGAAGAAUCAUGUGAUUCUCCCAAACAUUCAACAAUGUCAGCUAGCCUAAAGGGCUCUGUUGGGUACAUUCCUCCAGGUAUGUCUUUCCCUUAA